AUGUCGGAGGAGAAGCUCAUGUCUUCCGUCCAGGAAGGCGUGAAAACGGAGAACGAGCACAUCGACCUGAAAGUCGCCGAGCAGGACGGCUCCGUGGUGCACUUCAGAAUAAAGCGGCACACUCCGCUGAGCAAGCUCAUGAAGGCGUACUGCUGCCGACAGGGCUUGUCAAUGAAGCACAUUAUUUUCCUGUUUGAUGGACAGCCAAUUAAAGAAGCAGACACACCUGCACAGCUGGGGAUGGAACACAACGACACGAUUGAAAUGUACCAGCGGCAGAUAGGAGGAGGGUGCUAAGACACAGCAUCUUUUGGAGAACAGUUUGAGGAUCCUCAUCACACCCCACUCUCUCUUCUGUCCUCGGAUUUGCUGUUUUUUUAGGGAACAAAUGAACGUGCCAGUCACACAGGGCUCUUUGAAACUUCACAGGAUAUUUACCAAAGUUGCUUGUUGUCUUUGACUUUCUGAGUGCACAAGUCAAAAUAGUAUCUGCAGGGAUUGAGCUGUGUCUGAAUUUCACUGUUUUAAAUUCAGAUUAAGUAAUGUGUGUUGUCUCUCUGUUGUUAGCCUUUUUCAAAAAUUAUUGUUUGUAUUCUCUUUUUUCUUUCUUUAAAUUUGUGGCCUAAGCAUUCAUCCAUGUGUUGGGACACUGAGUGUUCAUUCCUGGCUCUGGUUGGUCUCGUCCCUCUGUUUUAACUCAAAUUAUAUAAACAGUUCAAUGUAUUUUCAUGCCAAGUGUGAGUGUAAAAGUUUCCUUUUAAGAUGUGCCCGAGAGAGGGAACACAGAUACAGGCUUUAGUUAGCUUGUGUUACAAAUUCAGUCAGUCCCUUGGGCAGCAUUCUGCUCUUGACUGGGGCUAGAACACAAUACAGUGCUUAGGAUAGGGUUUAAGUACUUCGGGUUUACAUGUGUUUUUUCAUAUUAUGAUAAAGUAGGCCAAAAUAUACUUUUUUAGUGCAGAAAUGGGAUUUUUGUUUUGGCCUGCACUAUUGCAGAACUGGAGGUAGCAGGGCAGCUGGUCCAAAAACAUAAUGCUUGUGAUAGAGUAGCUGUGGUUUUUUUGUUGUGCAAGGUUAUAAAAAUCCCAUCACUGAAAUUCCAGCUGUUUGCUGAGGGCUGGGCAGCAUCUGUCCCUUUGCCCUGCUCCCUUAACUUUGAGUCUUUCUCUGUGGGCACUGGAAGUCUGCAGCCUCAGGUUUCUUUUUGGUAGAUAAACUUGGUAAAUGAGAGGGGGGAAAUGCCUUUU